AUGGAAGUCGAUAACCAGCUUUGCCCAGCACCAUUUAUUGAAGAAGCCGUCUCUUCUCCAGUGAAUGCUACUGGCUACCUUGUUGAAAAGGUGUAUAGUGUUGAUUGGAGCCAAACCAGAGGUGAGCAGCUCGUGGUGUCUGGCUCAUGGGACCAAACUGUCAAAGUGUGGGAUCCAACUGUUGGAAAGUGUCUGUGCACCUUUCGAGGCCAUGAAAGUGUCAUUUAUAGCACAAUCUGGUCUCCUCACAUCCCUGGUUGUUUUGCUUCAGCCUCAGGUGAUCAGACUCUGAGAGUUUGGGACAUGAAGACCACAGGAGUCCGAAUUGUGAUCCCAGCACAUCAGGCUGAAAUCUUGAGUUGUGACUGGUGUAAAUAUAAUGAGAAUUUGCUGGUGACCGGAGCCGUGGAUUGCAGUCUGAGAGGCUGGGAUUUAAGGAAUGUACGACAACCAGUGUUUGAACUUCUUGGUCACACCUAUGCUAUUAGAAGGGUGAAAUUUUCACCAUUUCAUGCUUCAGUGCUGGCCUCAUGUUCCUAUGAUUUUACUGUAAGAUUCUGGAAUGUUUCAAAGCCUGACCCUCUUCUUGAAACUGUGGAGCAUCACACGGAAUUUACUUGUGGGUUGGAUUUGAGUCUUCAGAGUCCUACUCAGGUAGCUGACUGUUCCUGGGAUGAAACAAUAAAAAUAUAUGAUCCUGCAUGUCUUGCUGUUCCCGCCUGAGGUGCUCAGCCCUGCUCAGAAACAGGCUGUUGCUGAAGAGCUGCUUAACAGCAAAUAAAUUAACUAUUGAAAGCAGACAUUACACAUUGAUGUGCUAUUCAGAUUCCUCAUUUUUCAAACUUUAGACUCAGUUUGAGGCAGCUGAUAAGAAUUUGGGGUUCACUUUGUAAUCCUGGCACAUAAGCCAUAUUUCUUAAAAUCCUAAGGUAUAAUUGAUGUUAUGGUAUAGCAUAGUAUCCAUUAAAAUGUUAUAUCUGUACUAUAAAAUGAAUUAAAACAUGGGAGAUCAAUGGAUUAUAUGAAUAGUAAUAUAUUUCAUUUUUAAUUUGUCACUUUUGAUGUAAAAUAGAAUCACUGCUACUGAGAAAAAUAAAAAUAAACAGCAUCUCUUGGUUA